UUUGCCGUCUCUCUCUCUCUUUUCUUUCUUCUUUUUUCCUGUGUGGUAAUUUGGAUUAGAAUGAGGAACGACAAGGAUAACGUCAAGGUUUCUGAUCUUGGAUCUUCUGCUGUUGGUAAAGGAGAGCUUCGACCACGCUUUCUUAAUCCUGUCAAGCACUCCUAUCUCCUCAAGAUCCUUUCACUCGAUGCCAGAAAUCGCGUUGAGGAACUUAUGGAGAUUCAGGAAGUGCAUGACCGAUUAAAGGCAGAGUUUUACAAGGAGAGGGGAGCACUUGAAGCCAAAUAUGAGAAAUCAUAUGAACCUCUGUACGAACAGCGAUACAAUAUCACAAAUGGAGUCAUUAUUGAUUGUGAAUCUGCAACAGCAAAUCAAGAGGAAAAGGGAGUGCCUAAUUUUUGGCUCUUUGCUUUCAGAGGCAAUGAUGUGCUAAAUGAUAUGAUCAUGGACCAUGACGAAAGAGUUCUCAAACAUCUUGAAAACGUCAAGUGGGUCAGGACAGAUAACCUUAGGGGUUUCAAACUCGAAUUCUACUUUCGUCCCAACCCUUUCUUUAAGAACUCUAUCUUGUCCAUGACAUAUCACAUGAUUGAUGACGAUGAUUCCAUUAUAGAGAAAGUAAUAGGGACGGAAGUUCAGUGGCAUUCAAAAAACUGCUUGGAGAGAGACAUGACUCAACAUUCUAUAAGUUUCUUCAACAUUUUCAGUCCGACUGAAGUUCAUAACAAGUAUAAAGACCUAGGACUGAAAUACGAGAUGGAACAAAAUUAUUUCAUUGGACUAACCAUUCGGGAUGAGAUAAUUCCUCGUGCUAUAUUAUGGUUUACGGGGGAGGCUGCGCUACAGAAGAUGACAAAGAUCACAACAGAGCAUUCCUGUUUCCUUGAUAGCCUAUCUCCGGGUGUUAAAAAGCAUGUUAAUAUUCUUGAAAACAUUCAGAGCGACCAUGAUGAACUGAAGAAAAUGUUUUACAAGGAAAGAGCAAACCUUGAAGCCAAGUAUCAAAACUUGUUUCAGAAUUUGUAUGAUAAGCGAUGCGAUAUUGUGAAUGGUGUUGUUCAAGCUAAAAAAGUGUCUAAUGACUCCGAAGCAUCAAUUAAUCAAGAGGAUAUUACAAUUCAAGAUAUCAAGGCUCCCGAAGAGAAAAGUGUACCUAACUUUUGGCGCCAUGCUUUGGUAAACCAUGAGUUGCUAGAUGCGGAGAUUACGACUCCCGAUGGACGAGCUCUCAUGUAUCUUAAAGACAUCAAGUGCUCAAGGAUAGAUAGUCCUAAGGGGUUUAAACUUGAGUUCUUCUUUAAUAAAAAUCCUUUCUUUAAAAACUCUGUCUUGAUCAAGACAUAUGAAUAUCUAGAUGAAGAUGAGGCCAUUGUACAGAAAGUAACAGGGUUGAAGAUCGAAUGGUAUCCCAAAAACUGCUUGACAUCGAAGGUCAUUAAGAAGCCUGAGAAGGAAAUAAAUAGUGUUGACAUUAGACCGGAACAAUGUGAAAGUUUCUUCAACUUUUUCGAUCCACUUCCAAUUGAUGAAAAAGCUCCCAAGGAACACAUAGACGAGAUGAGGCGAGAUCUUUACAUUGGGUUAACCAUUCGAGACGAGAUCAUUCCUCGUGCUGUUCUAUGGUAUGUAGGGGAGGGUGCACAGGGAAAGAUGUCCAUCGAUUGGGGAGAGUCAGAAGAUGAAGAAGGUGAUGAAAACUAGGAUGAAGAUGAUGGCUGUGACGAGAGUGAAGAUUAUUAGGCUGAAACGCACAUCUUUCCUACCGAAAAUUUUAAAAUUUUCAUCCAUAUAUUGUACUUCAAACUCACCUAGAAGAAAGAUACUUGAUCAUUUGUUGAAAAAGUGUUUAUUGAGCGAGUAAAAUCGAUUUGAGAGGCCUA